AUAAAAGACGUGAAACCUGACGUUAGAAUAUAAUCUAACCAAUCUAGACAAAGGAAGAUCACGCCAUAGCUGAUGAAUGGGCGAAGCCGAAGCAGGUGCAGUUGGUAGAAUCUUUAUCUUCGUCUUAUGACCGAUAAUAAGUUAAUAAUGCUAAUAGUAGAAAACUUAGUAAACAAGAAAAUGUUCACGUCCCCUUUCCUCAAAUUGUCAUAGUAACAUGCAUGUCAACUAGCUAAGGUGACAAGAGGGAUCUCACCUAGGGGCAAAUUCUUGUUUUACUUUUUGUUUUUUGAAAAGGAACUCCUCACUGCCUGGAGCAGACUGUUAGUGAAAACCAUUUUAUUGGUUGAAAAGAAAUUUUUUUUUCUGUUCAAAACCCAAUUAAUGGGAUGGGAGCAUCGUAUUGGGAACCAAUGCCUUCGGGCGUGUUGGCUUACCAAAAGAUAAUGAGAUACGGUUCUGUUCUCUACUCACAUUCUUCGGCUUUGCGUGGACCGUGUACACACAAGGGAUCGUGGCAAGGAGAUUACGACUUUACGUCUUUACCCAAAGGAAUUUCACUGUAACAAAUUGGAGUAAGGCCCAAUGGGUUGAUUCCCCAUUCACGUUCAAGAAUGGCAAGCUAUGCAUGUACAUGGUUUCAUUGUCAUUUGAGUACGAGUCUAUAACAUCUCUUCAGCUGUCCUUUUUCUUAUAACUUGAUCUUCGAGGAACUUCUUUGUCUUUGACAUGGGAGAAGCUCCGCAACUGCAACACUCAAUGAUCACAGGUUAGCCAGCUUUAUAAAUAUUUGGGAGAAGAUCAAUUAAAAGAAUUAAUAGAACCGAUUUCUUCCUUUUCCCUUUUCUUUGUUUUGAUUUCUUAUUAUGCUUUAAAAAAUUCAACAGGCUUGCUAAUCUCUCUGCUCUGCAAAAUAAAGAUUUGGUGGCUGAAAAAGAGAAACAAUCGUAUAAUAUAUCAUACAGUCAAUUGUUUUAGGGAAAACCAAGUUCAUCAGAAACAUUCAUUGAUGCUCCCUUUGUCAAUCCUUUGUUUUUUACCAGUUCAGGAGACUGAAGAAGGGGAACCGAAGGAACAUACGAAGGCUUCAAAUCAAUCAAUAGCGCCUAGAUUUAAAAACUGUAAGCAAUGGCUACGGAUAGUUUUGCAUGCACUCUUUGUGCUUUCUGGCCAGGCAGUUGGUACAAUGUUGGGAAGGCUGUACUUUGAUAAAGGUGGAAAGAGCCAAUGGAUGGCCACACUAAUCCAACUGGCACGCUUCCCAGUUCUCAUUCUUUUAUGCUUCUCACCACUCAAAAAUUCAACUGCAACCAGCACUAACACAAGGCCACCAUCCGCCAUGAUUCUUGUAUCAGUUUAUAUCUCCCUCGGCCUACUUGUAGCAGCAUACUGCUUUCUUUACUCGACCGGAUUGCGGUACCUUUCUGUGUCUGCAUAUUCCCUCAUUUGUGCAUCCCAGUUAGCUUUCAAUGCUUUAUUCUCCCAUUUCCUCAAUUCCCAAAAGUUCACUCCUUUCAUAGUCAAUUCUCUGAUCCUUCUCACCAUCUCCCCCAUCCUCCUUGUGUCUCACGGUGCCUCUUCAACUCCCCGGUAAGUCUCAAGAGGACAGUUUGUGAUCGGAUUCAUAUGCACUGUUGGUGCAUCUGCGGGGAACGGAUUGGUGCUCUCUUUGACUCAGCUCUGCUUUCGGAAGCUUAUAAAAGGGGAUACACUUGCAGCAGUCAUGGAUAUGAUAAUCUAUCAGUCACUAGUAGCGGCAAGUGCUAUCCUGGUGGGACAUUUUGCUAGUGGAGAAUGGAAAGGUAUAAAGGGAGAAAUGGAAGAAUAUGAACUUGGAAAGAUAUCAUAUGUCAUGAAUUUAGUAUGGAUAUCUAUAUUAUGGCAGGGCUUUGCCAUUGGAGUCACAGGACUGAUUUUUGAGGUUUCUUCUCAAUUUGGCAAUACCGUAAGUGCUCUCGGGUUGCCUGUGGUUCCAAUUCUAGCGGUUAUCUUCUUUGGUGACAAAAUGGAUUGUAUAAAGGUAGUCGCCAUGGUUUUGGCUAUCUGGGGCUUUCUUUCAUACGCCUACCACCAUUACGCUGAUGACCAUAAGUCGAAGAGUUUACUCAAAAACAUAAAUGAAUGAAGCUCUAAAAGCUUCCUCUGGUUG